AUGCGCAGAAGAUCAACCUAUGUCACUCAUCCCAGUCGAGCUGUCGAUCCAGCAGACAUCCAAGUUCGCCCGACACAGCUGCUGCUUGGCGGCUUGAAGGCAGCUCGAGAAGAACGCCUGACUUUCGGAUUGGAGGAAUUACCAGCAGAAUUGGCGGAUCAUCUACGACAAUGUCACGAGCUUCACAUUCGAUGGGCACCUGAGCGGACGUACAACACCACCGCACCGUUCUUGUCGCGGAUUUCUCCAGGGUUACACGUCCAGUACACCCCCUUGAACGAGACUCAGUCCGAUCGACUUUGCGACCUUCUUCACAGACUAUUCGGAAAGCAACUGAGAUGUUACUCGCCCAACGCCACGUUCAUCAGCCCGCCUUUAGUGUCAGAACGCUUCGCUCAGACCUCAUCUCUCCAGUACUAUUCCUCCCUACCUUCUCUGAAGUAUUUGGUGGCGUACAUUUACCGGACCAGCUGCGCCCCAGACGAUCUCCAAUGUCUGCACACAGUAUCCCUCCUCAACAUCGCUGACUCAGUGGACGCGGACUACGACAGCAUCUCCCACGCCCUGACCUUCACCGUCUUCUGGUCCAAACAGCCUCCGGUGUUUUACGAUCCAAUCGGCGACUUCACGACUUUUGAUGCCUGGAACCUCGAUGUGCAGGCCAAAGGGGACGAUAGGGUGGAGGUGGGCAUCCUGAGCGCGGGUAAAGCCAGUGAACCGUCAGACCUGCAACUCUCGGGCUUUCUCACCGUGGUGGGAGAAGAUGAUCAUCCAAAGGCCACGCUGUUCAGCUUUCCUUCCCGUCAUCACUCUCUGAACCAGGACCAGGCGCGGGCUCAGAAGUACACCGUCUCAUUCGAUCGACCUACAGGGCUGCACCCGACGCUGCGGAUCUCCUUCCCGUCGGCCUCAUCACUGGUUGAGCCCAUCAAUAAGCCUGCUGACAGUGUCUGCGCGUUACAGACGUACCUGACGCUCCCGUCCCACAUCUUUGCCGACAAGUACGCCUUCCUCAGCAACGAUCCUCUUUUCCAGAACUCGCACCACCUUGGCCAGCUCCAUUCCAUUGCCGGCGAAACGGACCUCGAGGCCCCAGAUUACGCGGUCCAGAAAUGGGGCUCAACCAUGUUGUUAAGCAUCCAGACACCCAACAAUACUCUCGGCGGGACAAAGUCGAGCCGCGGAAGCUGGGACGUCACCAUUCCAUUGCAUCUGCGGUAUCUGGCCCCGAAUGACAAUGGCACCUCGGAAGUGGAUGUGCCUUGGCCUAUCGUAUUUUGGGCAUGCACCGCCGAGGAUGGGACCAAGUUCCCCGUCAACCCCUUCGACAGGACUCAGCUUGGCUUCGACGGGCUGUUCGGGCCUAGAACAAUGUUCUAUCACUUGGACCCUGCGCCCGACGGAGCCUCCUCCGGCAGGCUGGUGGAACGUAUCUCCAUCCCGGUCUUGAACCUCGAAGCCACCAGCUCGUGGUCGAUCCAGAUGCUGACGGUCGUCUCCAUCACGUUCGGCUUCCUGUGGGUGUUGAUGAAAUUGGCGCCGGCAUUCUGGCCUCGAGCUACCGCUGAUAAACAAGCUUCCGGCCAGAAGAAAGAGCAAUAA